CUGCCCUCCAGCUGCACCCUGCUGCUGUCCAUGCGCAACAACCGCUGGUGCGCCAACGUGGGCCGGCCGCACCGCUCCAACGGGAUUUACUACCAAGUGGACCUGCGAGGCGGUGUGUGGUGCCAGCGCUGCCACGACCCCAUGUGUCGGGACUUCCGUUCCGCGCUCAUGCCGCUGCCGCCGCAGCUGUGGGAGGCAUGCCGCCUGCAGCUCGCAGCGGACGCCACUGCACCGCCGGCAUGUGCACCAGCGUCGCCUGUGCUACGGGUGCAAUUGCAAACGUCACACCCGCAGCUGCAGCAGCCAGACCGGCAGCUGCUGCUGCCAGCAACAGCCCAACAAACCGCAGCAACAGCAUGUACGGUUUUCCGCGAGGCGGUCAAAGUUGCGGCGGGAAAUGAUGUCAGCCAGGGGGGUCAUGGCAAGCAGGAUCGGGUGGGGCUGCGAACGGAGGGUGCUCAAGUGGUGGGCAGCGUUCAUUGCAGGGCUAAGGAGAAGGAGGGCGCUGGGGAAGCGGCAGAUGGGAGGGAAAGGGCGUCUGGGGUUGGCGUUGGAGAUGAUGAUGAUGAUGAUGAUGAUGCUGAGUUUGACAUGUUGUGUGUGCAAGCCUUGGAACAGUGGGAGCAGCGUAUGGCAGCUGCGAGUGGUACAACGCAGGGAUGUGCAUCUUGAUUCUGGUCGAGUUGUGGAGACGUGCCGUGCGUGGCGAUGUGUGUUUGUCGACGGAGUGUGCGAGAUGGCAGGAUGAGUUGGCAGGAUGCGCGACGGGUCGCACGAGGGACG